AUGUUCAUUUGCUUCAUACUCAUGGCCAAUGAGACAGAAGAUCAUGAGACUCAAUACUGCUUUCCUGCUGUUAACUCAUCGUGCAUCAAGACCAAACGCUCCACACUUGAAUCCAACGUCAUGUAUGUGUCUUUUUCACUUCUGUCUGUAUGGACCGUGUUUCUGAACCUGCUGGUGAUCAUCUCCAUCUCUCACUUCAAGAAGCUUCACACUCCAACCAACCUGCUCAUUCUCUCUCUGGCUGUGGCCGACAUGCUCGUGGGACUCAUCGUGAUGCCUGUAGAGGCCGUCAAACUGAUCGAGACCUGCUGGUACUUUGGAGACAUUUUCUGUGGACUGUUUUUAAUCAUCAUGGGACUGCUCCUCUCAAUGUCUUUUAAUAAUCUUAUACUUAUUGCUAUUGACCGUUUUAUUGCUGUGUGUUACCCUUUACAGUAUGAACGAAAAAUAACGACAUCUAAAACCUUAAUUUCCAUUUGUCUCUGCUGGUUUUUCUCCACAGUUUAUUACACCGCAGUUUUCGCUGUCAACAAAUAUAUUAUCACCUCGAACAGAACAGAUGGGUGUUAUGGAGAGUGUACCUUUGUAAUGGGUUUUGUAUGGGGAGUCGUUGACCAGAUUGUGGGUUUCUUUUUGCCUUUUAUUGUGCUCAUCACUUUCUAUCUGAGGAUAUUUUGUGUCGCACAACAGCAUGUGAAAGUUAUAAACUCUCUGAUAAAGAGUGGAAAACAUCUAACAGAAGGUUCAAUAAAAAGGAAGUCAGAGAGUAAAGCUGCUCUUACAUUAGGGAUCAUUGUGCUUAUUCAUCUUCUCUGCUGGUCAGGCUAUAUUUUUUAUCUUGCAGUGAGUGCAGAUGCCCCCUCUGUUGUAAACUCAAUGAACUGGACUGUUUAUUCUAGCUCAGGUUUAAAUCCUCUUGUGUAUGCUUUAUUUUACCCCUGGUUUAGGAGGGCAUUAAAACACAUCUUGACUCUUAAAAUAUUCAGUCCAGCAUCCUCUCUGGUUAAUAUUCUUGCAGAUCAUCAUUCAUAAGACGUCAGUCCAGUACUGUUUUUUUUUUGUCAUCUGUUAAACCAUUCAAGCAAACAGAGCUAAUUUUAGCAAAUAAAUAUAUCUGUAUAUAUAUAUAUAUGCUGGUCUAAUUUAUAACAGUUACUUUGUUUAUUGAGUCCUUCUUGUCUCUUUCUUUCUCAGUGUCUUAUCUGUAUCUCUGUAUUUGUAUUAUUUAGUAAACAAUUAAAAGCAUGACCAAACCCCUUAAAGAAACCAAAAAUGUUAAUUCUGUCAUCAUUCACUUGUCUUGUCUUUUCAAACCUGUUUGACUUUCUUUCUACUGCACAACUCAGAAGAAGGUAUUUUGAAAAAUGUUAUUAACUGACCCUUAUUCACUUGCAUUCGUUUUAUGUCCACACAAUAGAAGUCAAUGGGGUCCGCUGCAGUUCGGGUACCCAACUUUCUUGAAAAUACGAGAGUGUGUAAAUGAUGACAGAAUUUUAAUUUUUGUGUGAACUAUCACUUUAAAUGUGGGGCCACAAAAGUAUGCAUGCGCAGUAAUGUUUAUUUAUGUUGUUGCUAGUAAAACUUACUUCUGAUAAGAAUAUACUGUAUACGUUAUGAAAUACAUAUACCUUAUUCAGCAAUUUUGUAUAUACAAAUGUUAAACUUAUAAAAGGCAUUAUAUAUGUAUUAAUGCAGUAGCACGUCAAGAUAAUAGAGGUUCUCUGACUUCAGUAGUCAUGAAUUAUUGCAAUUUGUGACUUAAUUUGGC